UAUGCGAAACGCGUUAGAACGGGGGCUCAGUCGUCAGUGCGAUUCCGCGAAGUGUGCCAAAGUUUCGAAAGAAUUGGAACAGUGACUAAGAUAUUUUAGAUUAUGAAGUGCUAGCGAAAUUGUGAAAAUGUUGAAACUAUUAUGGUUGGUGCUAUCGGUGACGGUUGUGGUUCGUGCUACCAGUAUAUUAGGACCGGAUGGAUAUGAAGAUUCAAGGCCCAGUACACCUUCUAGUAUUGGAGAGCAUAUUUGCAUAGCGGGAGGAGUGUGGCCGAAUUGUGCAUCACCAACUACACAAGUAACAGUACUUCCGAAACCAACGACUCCAGCACCGACAGUAACGACACCUAAGCCUGGUUGCUCAAAUGGAGGUUCCGGACCGAACUGCGAGCUUCCUACGAGACCUGCUCCGCCACAAAUAAGCUGCGCAAAUGGAGGAAUACCACCAUUCUGUUGUAACAAUGGAGGCGUUGGGCCAGAGUGUGAGAUUCCAGGUCCAUUGGGUCCACCAUCGAUUAGUUGCGCCAACGGUGGAGUCCCACCAUUCUGCUGUGAGAAUGGUAGGGUAGGUCCAGAUUGUGAAAUAGCGUUCCCGAUCGGAUGUGAAAACGGAGGUGUUCCACCGUACUGCUGUACCAAUGGAGGAUUUGGACCUGACUGUAAUAUUAUGCAACCAACAUCACCUUCUCCGGCCCCUAUUUCAGAGCCAAGCCCGCCAUUCUGCCUUAAUGGAGGGGUUCCUCCAUACUGCUGCACCAAUGGAGGCAGUGGACCAGAUUGUGUGAUUCCAGCACCUCCUGCUUGCCCCUACGGUGGAGUUCCGCCGUAUUGUUGUACCAACGGGGGUCAAGGCCCUUUCUGCUUGGUCGUUCAACCAGCCAUCGAAUUCGGUCCAGCGGUCGAAGUUAUUUAUCAUCCACCAAGCAACGCGGGUCCUCCUGUGGAUAGUUCUUACUACUAUCCACCACCUUGUCCUUAUGGUGGUAUUCCACCUUACUGUUGCUCUAACGGUGGUGUCGGGCCGUACUGCCAAGUUCCGGUUCAACAGAUCGGUUGUUCCAAUGGUGGACUACCUCCAUAUUGCUGCACCAAUGGUGGAGUGGGUCCUGACUGUUCUGUUCCGCAACCUCAGCCACCAGUCGAACCAAUAGGUUGCUCCAACGGAGGACAACUUCCUUAUUGCUGUACCAACGGUGGAGAUGGACCAGAUUGCUCCAUUUCUCAAACACAAACUGGAUGUUCUAAUGGAGGACAACUUCCGUAUUGUUGUACCAACGGAGGUGAUGGCCCAGAUUGUUCUAUCCCGCAGCCAGGCUGCUCCAAUGGUGGACAGCUGCCAUACUGCUGUACAAAUGGAGGGCAAGGAUCUGAUUGUGUUGUACCAACUUCUCCAAAACCAACUACAACCCGAAGAACCACAACUUCCACCAGGCGUACGACAACUCGACCGCAGACCACCACUACUCGUCGAACAACAACAACUACCCGUAGAAUAACCACAACUACCCGUCGACCAACGACUACAACACGCAGAAUAACAACUACCACCCGUCGUCCAACAACAACAACCCGUAGAUCAACAACAACCCGAACCCCUUCAGUUUGUCCAUUUGGUGGAAGCCCUCCUUUCUGCUGCACCAACGGAGGUCUCGGCCCAACAUGUUACGUUCCAAACGCUAACCCUCCAGCUACUACCACUCGCCGGACGACUACAACCACGCGUCGAACUACUCCUACAACCCGGCGGACGACAUUCACCACUCGUAGAACCACACCCACAACUCGAAGAACUACAACGACCACCAGACGACCAACCCCACCGAAACCAGUGUGUGCAUUCGGAGGUGUACCUCCGUACUGCUGCACCAACGGCGGACAGGGACCGAACUGUGUCGUUCCAACUCGACCUCCAACCCGGCCUCCAACCCGGCCCCCAACUCGACCUCCAACCCGACCUCCAACUCGACCUCCAACUCGGCCCCCAACCUGUCCAGCUGGAGGCGUACCACCGUACUGCUGCACCAACGGAGGCCAGGGUCCAAAUUGCGUAGUUCCCACGCGGCCAACUCCACCCCCGCCAACCUGCCCCGCCGGUGGAGCUCCUCCCUAUUGCUGCACCAACGGAGGUCAGGGACCAAACUGUAUCACUUCCAAACCGACGCCACCUACGGUGCCCGGAUAUCUCCCACCGGACAGCAGUAACCCUGUUCCAAGCGGUUACAAAUACGAUGUCGGUGAUCCUCCGUUUGCCUCGUAAAUAAAAAGUGCUCUCUCGUUUCUAGUUAUAUGAAUAAAUUAAUUCUUAAAAAAAAACAACCUUAUCAAUGACCAGUGAAUUCCU